AUGGCCACCCAGACUCCCAAGGAUGUGGCUUACUCGCCGCCACAAUCGCAACCGACCCCUUCCCUCGAUAGGCUCGACUCGCCAAUUCCUUCGCGCGCGACUUCGAUAGACGCAGAUGGACUCUUGGAUGGAUCAUCAACAGCGGGGCGGAAGCGAAAGCUCAACAGCAUGUCUUCACGGGGCGUCGCAAACCUCACCCCUGAUCAGCUAGCGAAGAAGCGGGCCAACGAUCGUCAGGCGCAACGCGCAAUCCGAGAACGGACCAAAGGCCACAUAGAUGCCCUGGAGCAACAAGUCCGGGAUCUCUCCUCUCAGAAGCCAUUUCUCGAUUUGCAAGCAGCUCUGCGCCAGAAUGAGGCCAUCCGGGCGGAGAAUUUGGAGCUUCGCCAAGGCCUCAAGGCCGCGAUGGACAUUAUCCAGCCAUUGAUGGCAAAGCCAGAACUCCCAGACACACUCCCUACUUUAUGUAUACCGACUACUGCCCCACCAUCUCUCCAUACGCCCCCCUUCCCCGAUACCGAACAAUUUGCCUCCGCGCAACAGACGCACCUCUCCGUCGAGAAGCAAGAUGCCGAGUCCAUGGCCAGCCUCGACACACCCUCUCCUACACACUCUGCACCAACACCCAGGAGCCGACGCAACAGUACCACUGGACCACCUCCAGCAAGCUCCUUCCGCUCCGCAUUGGAUUCACAACGCCACAACAUCACGCACGGGUUAGAUCUGGGCUCAGAGGAGCGUUUAGGGUUCAAUUUCCUCCUUGAUCCGUCUCAAAAUGUGCCCAAAAUCGAGUUGCGCCGCAGCAACUCAGAGACAUUCCGUUCCUCGCAUCAGAAAACCCAGUCGCCGGUGUAUCCGACUACACUGAACAACGCUGAUGGUCGUGGACCACCUGCGUUCGCUGCUCCGAUACAGAACCUCGCCGCGACAUGUCCGCUAGAUACAAUUUUAUUGGAUUUCUUACACAGCCGGCAGCGUGACGCCGCGCAGGGGAUUCCAAGGCAAAAGCUUGCUGGCCCACCAUACCCGAGUGUUUCCUCACUGCUCAAUCCAGACAAGAGCGUGUACUCACAUCCUGUCUCCAAGGUGUUUACGGAUAUUUUGCGCACAUUCCCAGACAUCUCCUCCCUACCGGAACAGGUCGCCGUGCUCUAUGUCAUGUUCCUUCUCAUGCGAUGGCAAAUCUAUCCAACGCAAGAGAACUACGAAAGACUUCCCGAGUGGUUCACACCUCGUCCGACGCAAAUCCUACAGGCCCAUCCGGUCUGGAUGGACUAUGUACCUUGGCCGGCAAUGCGAGAUCGGAUUAUCUCAUCCCAUCAAGACUAUCCUUUUGAGAACUGGUUCAUUCCGUUUACGUGUGACCUCAGUGUGAACUGGCCUUACGAGGCAACAGACUGUCUGUUAUCGGCAGGUGAUUCAGAUGAGUUGGUUAUCAACCCUGUCUUUGAACGCCAUAUGCGGAACUUGUCAAAUUGGUCAUUGGGACCUUGCUUUGCGAAGACGUUCCCGGCUCUGGAAGACACUGCACAAAUCAAGCCCAAAGACCAGGGCUUGAAGCGUUCACAGAUUACCUAG